CAUCAACAGGUCAGGGCUUAUAGAAGCUGCUGAUGUAAGCUCACAGUUGAGGUAACCAUGUCUAUAGGAAAAGGUCAGAGCUUCUGCUAGCAGAGAUUUAUGGCUAGAGGGAAACAGCUUGGGAUGGUUUUAAUAAGGCCUCAGAAGAUGCUGUUUAAAAAGUUAGUGCCUGGCAAAUUGCAAGGGUGCAACUUGGCAGAUAUUCUAGGCACGUGUUGAAAGAAGAAAAAGGAUAGUCAUGUUUCCUGGAGUUACGGAUGCCUGUGUAGCGCCAGUAACUAAUCCUUUGUAGCAGUAAACCUCUGCAAUCAUUUCCACAAUGAAAGAUAAGAUGCAGAGGGGCAACCUAUCAACGGGAACUGAGUUUGUUCUUGUAGGCCUUUCUGAUGCUCCAGAAGUCCGUUAUCUUCUCUUUGUGCUGUUUUUGAUCACUCAUUUGGCCACCGUGGCAGGCAACAUCUCAGUUCUUGUUGCCAUUAGCACAAACACACAUCUGCACAACCCCAUGUACUUCUUCCUUGGCAACUUAUCCUUACUGGAUAUCUUAUGUUCCACUAUCACUGUGCCGAAGAUGCUGGAGGCCUUGUUGCUUGAGAACAAGGUGAUUUCAUUCCAUGGCUGCAUGUUCCAGCUGUUUUUCCUGAUUGAUGUCGUAGGCACAGAGAUUUUCCUCUUGGCUGUGAUGGCAUAUGACCGGUACGUUGCAAUAUGCCAUCCACUGCAGUACAUGAAUAUCAUGAGUACAAAGCUGUGUGCUCACCUAGCCACUGGCAUCUGGGUAGCAGGGCUGUUAAACUCCCUGUUGCACACAUCUUUGAUUUUUACACUCUCUUUCUGUGAGUCUAAUGAAGUUGACCAAUAUUACUGUGAUAUCCCUCCCAUGCUGGCCCUCUCCUGCUCAUCUACUUAUAGUAGGGAACUGGUAAUUCUCACAGUUGCUGGAGCCAUUGGGGGCAGCGCCUUUGCGGUCACUCUGGUCUCAUAUAUCUACAUCCUGUGGGCUAUUCUAUGCAUGAACUCUUCUGAGAGCAGGCACAAAGCCUUCUCCACCUGUGGGUCUCACUUGACAGCAGUAUGCCUCUUCUAUGGGACCACCAUUUUCACAUAUGCACGGCCUUCCUCCACCUACUUGCCUAAUCAGGACAGGAUAGUUUCCAUGCUCUAUGGAAUCCUCACUCCCCUGCUAAACCCCAUAAUCUACAGUCUGAGGAACAAAGAAAUUAAAUGUGCCCUGAGAAGAGUGGUCACCCAGGUAAGAACUACUUUAACAAGACAAGAACAUCACUCUUGGUCUCUGACACCCUGUGGAGCUCCACCAGCUGGAUAGGAACUGCAGUUUGUGACUGCUCUAACUUUAGCCAACUAAAAGUUAGGUGCUGGAAUCAAACAUCCUUCUCUGGGUUCCCUUUGGAGUUGGAAGAGGUGUGCACCUCCAGGAGACCAGUUGGAUGGCACAGUUUUUGGUCACUGUCACAGGAGGAGAUGACUUCUGCUGGUAAUGUUAUUCUCCGCUGAACACAGAGGAAGCUUAGAUGAGAUCCUCAGCCUUAGACACAGGUGAUGUAAGCAUAUCUUAGUGUGAAUGCUGGGAACUGGUCCUGUAGGCACACUUACAUCUACAUCCUUCUGUACUAAAGCAGCCUGGAGGACUGGUACCUCAUCCUGACCACACUGCUCCUGCAGAAAACAUGAGCACAUCCUUUGUGGGAGGCUGAAUGGAAGGAUGGCUCCUUUGCCAUCAUUUCAUGUCAUCAGUCUGGGAGUGUUCUCAACCAGCAUGCCGAGAAUCCAACUGCAACACCAAGCACAAUCUGGCCAUAGUUUGCACCGUGUAUCUCAAAAUCAGUCUGCCAGGGUGUGAAUCAACUCCCACAAUCAUAGAAUCAACUUGGUUGGGAAAGACCAUUAAGGUAAUCAAGUCCAACUGUUCCCCAACACUGCCAAGUCCACCACUAACCCAUGUCACUACGGGCCUCAUCUGCAUGGUUUGUGAACGCUUCCAGAGAUGGUGAUUCCACCACUGCCCUGGGCAGCCUGUUCUAACGCCUGAACUAGAGAUGUCAAUUGUGCUCAUGUGUCCAUAUAUUAGACAGCUUUAAGACUCCUCUUAUGGCCAGUGAGGGGAAAAGGGAGGCUUUGUAUUCAUGGGCUUUGUGACCAUUGCUCUGGCUUUUCCCAGUCCCAGCAGACUGAAGGAAGGUUUACAAAGUGUGCUUUAGGUCUGAGUCCAUAAGUAAAACCAGUGCUUCACACCAAGCAAAAAGUGAAGGCAUGGCUGACUAAG